AUGACGGACAACGAAAUCACCUUCAGCGUCUCCUUCGCACCCAAGUCAUCAUGCUAUAACGAAUUUGUGAACAUGAUCGUGAGGGACAGUAGAUGGCCGAUCAAUGUGUCAUUCGUGGGUGUUAACGCGGUGGUGGGCCGACUGGUGAGCAAGAAUUGGGCUGAGGUUGACUUCCCGAAUAUGAUCGAGACCAUCGUCACUCAUGGUUACACGGUUACCAUCACGGACCCCAAUACCUACACAAUUACGAAGACGGUACUGGGCCCAGUGAUGACCAAAAAUCAGAGCGUUCCCACGGUAUCGGACAAAAAGAGGAAGAAAAGGAAUAAGAGGAAGGUCUGA